UUACCCGUGAUUCAGUGCACGUGCGACACUUCACAAAUCUCUCCGCUCGCUUGAGGUCUGUUCUUGUUUGCUUGAAAAACUCUUUUUAUCCUUAGAGCUACGAUAUUUGCUACGAGAUCGGAAUAAAGCAGGAUCGUCUGUAUUAUAACAGAAUGAAGUUCCAGUGGACACGAAACAUGCUAGGGCAAACCCUGGAGGAUGAAGAGAUGAGAGUGAUCAAAUAUCCCUGCACCGAGCUCACUACACAUGUCACCUUCAAGACCAUCCAGGCGUUUGCAUUACUUGGCAUGGUAGCGGUUGGUCCAGCAGUGCGAGGAAUCAGGGGACCAAGAAACUUACAAGCCAUAAUAGAUACAGCUGUUAACUAUGGAAAGUAUGGCGCAGUUCUCGGUGCAGCAGCUGGACCAGCCAUGACAUAUGCUAGGGUGGUAGGGGGUGGUAUAGAUGAAGAUGGUUUAUAUGAUCGCUGCUACCGCUUGAGGUAUAACCGCAACCAAGUGCGUACUGACAGGCUCGCGUUCCUUGGUACUCUGGGUGGCGCAGCUGGUGCAAUGGCUAUGGGUGGAAGCCUGUCCUCCGGUGCUGUCAUUGGCCUGGUCGGAGGCACUGUCUUGGCUGGUGUUUAUAAUUCUGCAUUUGCUGCACGGGAAAAGUAGUGCUAUGGCUGGAUAUGCUGGAUAAUUUAAGUUUAAAACAAUAAUGAAUGUAUAAUUAAAUAGUUCACUGAAUUUCCUCCCACAAAAGACAAUUUAAAGGAAAAUGAUAUAGCAGGAUGACAAUAAUGUAGGCUGUGUGAUUUUUUAACAAAUUAAUAAGUAGAGAGAAAUAAAAUCUUAAAAGAA